GACGCCAAAUCUUUCAUACAGUGACACAUACUAAUUACUACAAUUGCUGCUAUUUAUGAUACUAUAUGAAGCAAUAUUUUUCCUAAAUAACAUGUUGUAAAUAGGAUAUUGUAGUGAUUACUCUUCCUAACAUAUGUUAAUGUAUGUCUGUGAUAUCACAAUAUUAUACAUUUCUGAAAUGUAAAAUAAUUUUCUUUCUAUUCUGUUCAUUCCAAAAGAAACCAUUUUGUUUUUAGUGUACUUCGUUCGGGACAGGUUUGCAAGUGGUGUAUAUAUUGUAUAACUAUUGUACAACGUUACGAACCUGACAUACGGCUUGUAUAUAAGGUACACAAACGGACAUGUGAAUAAAAACAGAGUCAACGUCGUCACGACCAGUCCGGAACGUUUAGAGACAACCUUUUAGAGAAUUUGCUUCUACCCGGACUAGUUUUCCAUUCAUAACGCAGCGGCAAUGGCAGCGCUAAGGACGGCAUUAUACAGACGCUUCCGUCAGCCUCUCCCUGUGUCGCUGGCCGCAUGGCGCUUCGCCAGCUCAUCCUUCAAGGCUGCAGAUAUCAGCGUGGAGAAGAACCCUGUGCUGAAGCCCAAACCGGACCCUUCCACCUUGGUGUUCGGGAAGCAGUUCUCAGACCACAUGCUGACCAUCUACUGGACCGGGAAGGGAAGGUGGGAGAGGCCUCAGAUUAAGCCGUUCCAAAACCUGUCCCUCCACCCUGCGUCUUCUGCGCUCCACUACUCUGUAGAGCUUUUCGAAGGGAUGAAGGCGUUCCGUGGAGUGGACGAUCGCGUCCGGCUGUUCAGACCUAUGCUGAAUAUGGAGCGCAUGUAUCGCAGCGCUGAACGGUGUUGCCUUCCAUUGUUUGAUCAGAAGGAGCUGCUGAAGUGUAUUGAGAAGCUGAUUGAAGUAGACCAGGAGUGGGUUCCAUACUCCAGCAGCGCUAGCCUCUACAUCAGACCCACCUUCAUCGGGGUCGAGCCCUCACUGGGCGUGUCUCGAUCAGACCACGCCCUGCUGUUCGUCAUUGUGGGGCCGGUGGGGCCCUAUUUUGCUACAGGGGCCUUCAACCCCGUGGCCUUGCUGGCGGACCCACGCUUCGUCCGAGCCUGCAGAGGUGGCGUAGGAGCCUACAAGAUGGGGGGCAACUAUGGGCCUACAAUAGCUGUGCAGAGUGAGGCUUUGAAGCAGGGCUGUCAGCAGGUUCUGUGGCUGUAUGGAGACAAUGAGGAGAUCACAGAGGUUGGAACCAUGAACCUCUUCAUCUACUGGACCAACGAGAAAGGAGAGCGUGAGCUGGUGACUCCUCCACUAGAUGGCAUCAUUCUCCCCGGAGUCACAAGGCAGUCUCUGCUGGAUCUGGCCAGAGAAUGGGGGGAGUUUAAGGUGACUGAGCGUACUGUGGUCAUGAAGGAGCUCCUGGACUCUCUGAAGGCAGGCAGGGUGCUGGAGGUGUUCGGCUCAGGCACGGCCUGCGUGGUGUGUCCCGUCGGCAGUCUGCUGUACCAGGGCCAGACUUAUCAAAUUCCUACGAUGCAGAAUGGGCCAGAGCUUGCCACGAGGUUUCACAAGGAACUCACCGACAUCCAGUAUGGACGCACACAGAGAGACUGGGCACCUGUCAUCGUCUGAUUGGGCUGUUGCACUAUAAAUCCAGACUAGUCUUCCCCAAUCACUGUCAAGAACCAUUGGUAACAGCCCGCCUGCUCUGCCCCUCCAUCACACUCCUCCAGACUGGCUGUUCACGCAGGCGGUGCUUACGGGUGACGUUAGAAUAGUUCUGUCUUGUGUUGCAUAUAGGGGUAUUUUUAUAAGUAUAGUCUUAGAUAUUUUCAAAUGGUGGUUUCACUGAAUAGUCUGUUAGAAACUAAACACUAGAUCACAAAACUGAAGAAGAAGAAAUUCUGCACAUCCUCUGUAUAUUUAUCCUUUAUAUAUAUAUAUA